AUGGCAUGGACGGCAGUUGACUUUCUGCCUAGGAACUUUGAUGGCACAGGAUGGAGGGGAGAGGAGGGAAAGAAAAAGAUGGCCAGUCAGGUAGGCACGGCUAGGAAGAGUGAUAAGGCGAGGGAGAAGGUGUCUCCAAGGAGGAAGAAGCAACGCCGAAGCAACGUGGCUUAUGCAGGGAGAAGACGAGGCAUGUAUUCCUUCCACUCCUUGCGAAGACGUGAAGUUCUCAACUCCCACCAAGGGCCACCAGUUGUCGACGCCUCUCGCAUAUCCCUCAACUCGUCGCCACCCAACACCGUCACUCCACAUUCCAACAUCACGACGCCUUGCAUUUCCUUGGACAACCAGUUUCCAGGAGUCUGGAAUUCCUCGACUCAUGCCAAGCUUCUCGUCUCGCGCUCCAAUGUUUCUUGUCGCCGUUGCACAAGAACGCAGAGGAAAGUAUGGCGGUCGGCCGGCAUUCUCUUAGUCGUCCCACACAUCCUAGCUCCACACCAAACGACGAUUUCUGCUAACAGGACGGGGGCAAUAGGCUACACCAAGAGAGGUCAUCGCCGUUCUCGAAAACGUGCUUCGCAACAUUGCAACAAGCGGCCCCCGUUAAAUUGUCUGAAUUCAGCCGCAGGAGAAAGUCCCCGCUACGACCAUGAGGGAAGAAUGAUGAAUGGAAAUGUGAAGAGUGGCCACGGCUCUUGCGAGACAUCGCCAGGCCAUCCGGUUUCCUGGCUCCAGAGUCCCAUUGCUCGCCAACGCCUCUUCGCCCUUUCGCCUCUCUUCUCUUUUUCGACUCAGGACCCUAAGUUCGUCAGUCAUUCUCCGAAGAUUACCGACAAGAUGGGUUGGAUGAAGCAGGCGGCCGUCUUGGCCACUGUCGCUUUUGCGGCAGUCACCCAAGGGCAGACUGCUGCCAACGGCAACUGUUUCCCCCCGGGAACGCAAACCGCCACGACCUCGGUCAUCUCGCAGAUGACCCAGGAAAAGUGUAACAACUUCUGCCAGGGUUACACCGUGUUCGGCAUCUACGAGUCAGCUGCCAAUACAUACACCUGUGGCUGUGGUGGCACUCCUACGAACGCUACCGCUGUCGCGAAUAGCAACUGCAACACGAUCUGCCCUGGCGAUAGCACUCAGACUGAGAACUGCGGUGGUACGGCUGGUGAAAUCCACUUCAACGUUCAAGUCGUCAGCUCCAACUCCACCACCACCUCUUCCUCAUCCAGCUCUACUAGCACCACCUCUUCCUCCUCUUCCACUUCAAGCCUCACGACAACCACCACGGAUACCUCCAGCCACUCCACCACCACUACUUCCACUGCUAGCCCCUCGUCCAACUCAACUACUACAUCUUCGUCCAGCAGCUCUAGCAGCUCUAGCAGCUCCAGCAGUUCCAGCAGCUCCAGCAGUGGCACCUCCAGCCACUCGACCACCACGACCAGCACAGCCACUACCAGCCCGACGUCGUCCUCUUCGUCCACUGGCAGCUCCAGCAGCUCCAGCAGUUUGUCGACCACGACUACCUCGCCUACUAGCAGCGGAAGCACCACCUCCACUGGCUCAUCUGCUUCGUCAAGCUCGAGCAGCUCCCAGAGCGACACCUCUAGUCACUCCUCGACAAGCACCACUGCCGGAACUUCUUCCUCGACUGGAUCUAGCUCCGCUUCUGGUACGCUAAGCACCAGCGGCUCUUCCAGCAGCUUGACGUCGUCCCUGUCGACCUCUGCUGCCGGCACCUCGAGCUCCGCUUCUACCACUGCUGCUGGUUCUAGCACAUCAACCUCUGCUGCCGCCAGCUCUUCGUCUUCCGUUGCUGCUUCCAGCUCUUCGUCUUCAGUUGCUGCUUCCAGCUCGUCAUCUUCUGUCGCAGCUGCUAGCUCAUCCUCCUCGGUUGCCUCUGUCGCCAGCUCUUCGUCUUCCGUCGCUGCCGCCAGCUCUUCUUCAUCCGUUGCCGCCGCCAGCUCUUCUUCAUCCGUUGCCGCCGCUAGCUCAUCUUCCUCCGUUGCCGCCGCCAGCUCGUCGUCCUCCGUUGCUGCUGCCAGCUCCUCUUCUGCCGCUGCUGCUAGCUCUUCGUCGGCCGCUGCCACCAGCUCUUCUGCUGCCCCUGCUAGCUCCUCGUCUGCUGCCGCCGCCAGCUCUUCAUCUGCCGCCGCUGCCAGCUCGUCUUCUGCUGCCGCUGCUAGCUCUUCCGCUGCGCCUGCCAGUUCUUCGGCAGCUGCUCCGUCCUCGACUGCUGCUGCUUCCUCGUCGGAGGCCCCUGCUUCAUCAGCUGCCCCAACCACAUCUGCGGCUGAACCUGGCCAGUCUUCCAUCGCUGUCCUCAGCCCCGAUCCGGUGCCUUUCUCUAAGGCUCUCGAGAUCCAGCCCGGCGAAGCUGUUGUCGUUGACAUUCCUAACACCAGCGGUAACGCGGAGAGAUUUGUUGUCCAGUCACAGGGAUGCAGAGGUGUUCCCGCUGGAGAGUCGCCCUUCGAGAACACUGUCAACCCUCCCGAUGCUUCUACCGCCCCUGCAUGCGCGGUUGCUUGCGCUUCUCAGUCCCUGCCCUACACUACCGUCAUUAGAGGCCAAUGCUUCUGCGGUUCUGUUCUCAGAACCUUGCCUCUCAUUCCUGCUGAUCAAUGCGCUGCCGCUGCGAGCAGCCGUCGUCGCAGCGCCCUCAAACGCCAGGCCGGUACUGUUGAUCCCGCCACGAUCCUCAGUGUGACACCUGCCAGCCAGGUUGCCCUUGCUGCUGCCUCGACUACUUUGAGCUCAUCCAGCGUUCCUUCUGCCGUGGUCAACACUGACACUAACCUCCAGUUCGUCCCUACCAACACUGGAACGUCCGUCGCCAGCGCCAGCGCCAGCUCCACCGCCUCUUCCGGAACUUCCACUGGUACGGUCUCCGGCACGACCUCUGGAACGGUCUCUGCCUCCAACUCCGCGUCCAACUCUGCCUCCAGCUCUGUCACCAGCGCCGCCGCGGCUUCUCAGACCGACUUCAUCCUCGCCAUUGUCGGCGGAAGAGCACCCACCAGCUCCAGCAGCUCCUCAAGCUCUUCCAGCACUGCCACAUCGUCCUCAAGCUCUUCUACUCGUAGCAGCAGCAGCAGCGGCAGCAGCAGUUCCACUGGCUCAAGCUCCUCUGGUACUUCCAGCAGCAGCUCCUCUGGCAGCUCUUCCUCGGGCAGCACCUCUUCUGGAUUUACCUCCACUGGCUCCAGCUCCAGCUCUUCUGGAUCAACCACUGCUAGCACUACGGAUACUUCUACCAGCUUGUCCAUUACCAGCUCUGCUUCCACCAGCAGCUCUACUAGCGCACCGUUCUCGAACUCCACCACUGCCCUUACCAUGAAGAAGCGUGGCCCUAUCAUGGCGCACCUCAUGAACCGCCAGAGCGGCGCAACCACCUACGUCGGUACCACUGGACAGACCAACCCUACCAACUGCAACCAGGCUGCUGUAUUCAGAAUCGGCGCUUCUGGCACCCUUACUGUUGAUGGCGUUGCCCUCGGUGUCAACCCCAACACGCCUUUCAUUGCUCUCCGCUCCGGCAGCACUGGAUCGAUCACCGCGACUUUCACUCUUAACAACGGUGUCUUCGCAUGGUCCAACGCAGCCUUCUCUGGAGGACAGGCCGGUUUCUGCCAGGACAACAGCGGUCAAGUUUACGCUACCUUCGGAACCACCGUCCCGCCCAACUGUACUCCGGUCACCCUGAGCGCCACUCCUCGCUCUUCCUGCACGGCCAGCGGCAGCACUACCAGCCUCCCCGCCUCCACCGCCGCUACCAACUCUGCCACCACCACUCCCGCCGGUGUUUCGACCACGUCUACCGCCAACCCUGGAUCGACCGUCUCCUCCAGCCUUACCACCACCCGCUCUGGAAGUGGCACAACUACCCCCGUUGGUUCCACUACCGCUCCUACCGGUGGCUCUACCUUUGUCAGCGGUGGCUCGACCUUCGUCACUGGCGGUUCAACUGUUGUCUCUGGUGGCUCUACCAUUGUCUCGGGCAGCUCCACGUUCGUUUCCGGCGGUUCUACCUUCGUUACUGGAGGUUCUACCGUUGUCACUGGUGGAUCUACUAUCGUCAGCCCUACCACUGGUCCUGCUGGCGGCGCGACAACCGACAGCAGCGCUGCUGCAGCCACCUCCAGCAUUGCUCCCAACCCUGUCGCUGUUGAUGGCUUCUCUCUGUUGGGAUGCUUCGCCUCGUCCAGCAACUUCCCUUCGUUCGUUCUGGCCUUGUCUGACCCGUUGUUGACCCUCGAGAAGUGUACCGCUGCCUGCCCCGCCAGCUCUAGACUUGCUGGCUUGUUUGGUACCGACUGCUACUGUGGUGACAUCAUCGAUAACACUCUCACCAUCCUCGUUCCCGAGGCCCAGUGCAACACUGUCUGCCCUGGUAACCCUGCGCAGCGUUGCGGUGGUCGCGCCUCUUCCGUCCGUCUGGCUCGUCGCCAGAUCCCGACUGAUGUCCGUCUUACCGUCUACGUCCGUCUUGACGUCUCCCCGCCGGUUGUCUCCACUGUCACCAGCAUUAGCGUCAGCACCGGCGCCGGUACCACCGCCUCCGUCACCGUCGUCAACACCAUCACCGAGCCUGGUACCACCAUCACUGGUGCGCCGGUUCCCACCAGCACUGGCCCCAACAUUGCGGGCACCCUCACUCUGCCCCCUGGUCUGUACACGGCUGGGGCUCCUCUGCCUGGUGGCGAGGUUUGCUACGUCGUCACCCGAUCCUGGUUCAUCGGACAGACGUCGCUGCUCCCUGCCCUGCCCACGGCUACCGUCUGA